AUGAUGAAUACUAAGAUGGCACUCACAAGUGCUACGACUUCGAAUGGCCAGUACGCACCUUCUAGCAAACCCGUCGGCCUCUUCUUUGGUGGGACGAGUGGUAUAGGCCAGGCUAUGGCGGAACAACUCGCCAAACAAACCAACGGCAGGGCACAUAUCAUUCUCCUGGGAAGAAACGAAGCAGCUGCGGAAAAGAUCAUUGCAUCCUUCCCCAAGACUGACGCCUCGACCGCACCAGAAGACGCCUCAGACUACUCAUUCGUCAAGUUGGACGCGACUUCGAUGGAACAAGUUCGUCAGGUGACAUCUCAACUCAGCUCUCAGUUGCCCAAGAUCAACUUUAUCAUCACUACACCCGGUUAUUUGACAUUGAAAGGGCGAGAUGAGACGAGCGAGGGGAUAGAUAGGAAGCUGGCUUGCAACUUUUAUGCGCGGUUUAGGUUUAUCCAUGAUCUUGCGCCAUUGGUUGCGAAAGCGGCGCAGAAUGGGGAGAGGACGGGUGUGAUGAGCAUCCUCGGUGCUGGACAUGGUGGCCCAGUCAACCUCGACGACCUUGGACUCGUCAAGACUUAUACCCUCGGCAAUGCUGCGGCUUAUGCGAUCACAUGUACAGAUGCUGUUAUGCAAGAAUUCGCUAGCAAGUAUCCCACUGUACCGUUCUAUCAUGCUUUCCCAGGCACCGUCUCCUCCCCUAUGAUGACGACUCUAUUCCCAGGAGCUCGAUUUUUUGCUCCAUUGCUCAAGCCGUGGACUGUAACUCCAGCGCAAUGUGCAGAGAUCAUGUGGUGGAGGCUCUGGAGCUCAGAGGCACAGUGGAAGACGGGUGCCCAUGAAAUCGACAACAAGGGUACCGGGCUUACUCCCAAUCAACAUGUCACAGAGGAGUCCAAGAAAGCUAUUUGGGACCAUGCUAUCUCUACCACUGAUCCCAA